GUGAUGAAUAUUUUUUAUUUUAGAUAUUUUUAAUUAAUGGCUUCAUUAUUAUUACCUUCUUCUUCUUCUUCUUCAUGUUCAUGGUUCUCUUCGUUGCGCAUGAAACCAACAGCGUUAAAAACUACGAAGUUGUGUUGUGUUAUGAACAAAGAAAACAACAAGGAAUCUUCUGAAGUUAAUUCGAUAGAAGCUGAAAAAACUGCUUCUGUUGAUCCUAUAAAGCUUGCGUUUAAUAAAGCUAAAGCUUAUAAAGAAUCGAUUAAAUCAAACACUGAUUUGGGAAUUGAGCAAAACAGUGCUGAUGGAGGGAAAAAGGAUGUGUCAGUUUCUGUGAAGAUUGCAAUGGAGAAGGCAAAAAAGUAUAAGCAGAAUAAAGGGGUUGCUGUUAGUGAAACUGAUCAAGGAUUGCAAGGAGGGAGUGAGAGUACUUGGGGAGAAAAUGUGAAUGACAAUAGUGUUAGUAAGAAGGGAGAAUUGUCUGUUUCAAAGAUUGAUUUUGUGGGGCUUGGCUUUGCGGAUAAUAAGAAGACAAGGGGAUUGCCACCUGGACUGGUUCCUUUUUCCGACCCCUUCUCAGAUGAUGACUUGCCUGAGGUGGAACUUAUUGUCGGAGACACAAACAACUUCAAUGCAACAACAACAACAGCUCCACAACCUGAACAGACUAAGGAUGAUGAGUCAGAACUGUACAAGCCAAAAGUUUCUACAUGGGGUGUAUUUCCUAGACCUAACAAUAUUUCAAAAACAUAUGGAGGUGGAAGAACUAUACGUCCUGGGGAGGUUUUAGAGAAUGAAGAAGAGAAGGCUGCUAAAGAAGCACGCACGAAGCAGAUGCUUGCUGCUUACAAGAAGAAAUAUGGAUUAAGUAUUGAUCCAAAGCUAAAAAUCGAGUGUGAGGAGGCACUGAAGGAUGGUGACUUCUUAAUGGACGCGGGAAAACUGAAGGAUGCUUUACCCUACUAUGAGAAAGUCAUUGACAAAUUACCCUUCAAGAGUGAGCUACAUGGAUUAGCUGCUUUACAGUGGUCGAUUUGUCAAGACUCCCUCAGUAGGCACAAUGAAGCUCGAAGUAUGUAUGAAAAGCUUCAAUCUCACCCAAGUGUUAAAGUAGGCAAGAAAGCAAGACAUUUCAUGUACAGCUUUCAGGCUAUGGAAAUGAUGAAGGUGAGAACAAGAUCUUCACGUUAUUCAAAGAACACAUUUUACCAGAGUUAUUUUGAUGCAUUUAUCGAAAAUAAAUCAAACUACCCCGUCAAAGAUGAAGUGGCUCAAGAAAGUGAUUUGAAUCAGGUUUUGCUGUAUAUUGUUUUUCUCAUUUCUCCUAUUUUUGUUGUACUACUUCUUGCAGUGCAGAAAAGAAUAUAAAUUUCUUUCUUUUGUUUGUAUAUAACUAUAAGUGUACCAUUUCUUUUUAAUUGUUAACGAUCAAGUCCUUGGAAUACAAAGAGAUUGAAUAUAUCCAGUUUGGACAACUUAAUAGAUAUGUAUAGGUAUUUUUGUUUGGAAGCAGAUAUUUAUAUGUAUAUAUAUAGUAGGAUAGGAUAUGACAUAAGAUUGGAAUUUGGUUGGAA